AUGGAUGCGCAGAAUGCUGCCGAGCCCGCCUCCUCGAAGCCUGCUGCUUCUUCUUCUUCUUCCAAGCGCCCGGGCAGCGACUCUAAUCAUCCCAGGCUUACCUCCGUGAACGCCAACUCGUCGAAGUCGUCUUCCUCAUCUUCUGCUCCCAAGCCCGAGUCCCUGCAGCCACCCUCUUCGAAAGACGGUGGCAACAGUAGCAGCAGCAGCAGCAGCAGCAGCAGCAGCAGCAGGCCGAGUGCGUCGGCGGCAUCAUCAGCACCUACAGCAUUGCUACCUUCUGCGCCGUCAGCGACAUCGGCAGCGCCAGCUUCCCGCAUGAACGAUGACGAUGUGACAGGUGAUGGGAACUCUGACGCCGAGACCAUUGUGUUGCCCGGCAAGGAUGGUCAUUCUCCCUCCAAGGCACGGAAGAUCAUCAAGCAUGACGAUAAAGUCAUUACAAAGAUCGAUCGUGCUGAUGUUGACGAUGUCCCUUCCAGUUUGCUUUCCCGCCAACACUCAAGUGUAAAGCAGGACCGCGACCGUGAAAGCGGCAAUCGUGGGGGCGAUGGCAGUCGCGAGCGUGAUCAUGAUCAUGACCGUGACCGUGACCGUGACCGCGGCCGCGAUCCCAAUACCAAUACCAAUUUGGAGCGUCCGGACAAGCCAGCGGCCGAUAGAUCUGCAUCGGCUGCUGGAUCGGACAAGAAGAAAAGACACCUGGACAAAGCAAAGCCCAAAGAUGGCUCCAGUGGCUUGAGCUCCGCACCUGCAUCUCCACCCCAGCCCCAGCGCGCUCGCCGCCCUUCUGUGGUUGCCCACUCAGAUUCCGAGCCUGCCCCAGCUGCAUCAGAGGCUAAACACUCGGCUGCCACUGCCAGCAACGCUACUAACAACAACAACAACAACAACAACACCAACACCAACACCAACACCAACACCACCACCAACACCACCACCAACACCACCACCAACACCACCACGUCGACCACUGCAACCUCCCACAAAGACAAACCCAAGCCGGCUCCCGAAAAGUCGGUCCCACAAAAGCGCAAGGCCCCGAGGCCCGACUCGGACGACGAGGCCGACAACCGCAAGGCUCGCCGUCCUAAAACAACAGGUUCGGGCCUCGACGCGUCUCGCAAGUCGCACCCUCCAACCAAAUCAACUUCGGCUGCCGCAUCUGCUACAACAGCACAACACCACGACCCCUCAUCACACACGCGCAACCGAUCCGCAUCCCCCCACAACCGACUGCACCGCCGCAGCAUCUCGGCCGCGACUCUGUCUGCACACUCGGCUGCUGCUGCCGCCGCCGCCGCCGCCAACGGCCUCGGCCAGAAGAAGAAACGUAUUCCGGCGCCGCUGGCAACCGACUACCACUCGGACGAGUCGUCGGCCAGCGGCAGCCCGCAUCCUCGCAGCUCCAAGUUGCGCGGCCUGGCCACUCCUGCGACGACUGAGGCCCACCACUCUCCCGCAAGAAUGGCGCCGCACAAAAAACAUCUCGAUGCGCACGGUCAGACCCUUUUGGCCCGGGCGUGCGCCAAGGGCGAGUACGAGAUUGUCAAGCAGCGCCUCGCAGAACGCCCCGAGGACAUCAACGUGGCCGACUACGCCGGCAACACGCCGCUUCAGAUCGCUGCUCUUAAUGGAUUUGACGAUAUCGUGAAGCUGCUGAUCGACGCCGGCUGCAACAUUGACUGCGUCAACCACGAGAAGGACACCCCGUUAAUCGAUGCCGUUGACAAUGGCCACCUGGAGGUCGUCAGAAUUCUGCUCGAGGCCGGCGUCAACCCCCGCAAGACCAACGCCCGGGGUGAGGAACCGAUCGAGCGCGUCAAGGACGACCUGGAACAUGCCGAAGAGAUCCGACAGCUGCUCAAGGAAUACCGCGAAAAGAUGCCCGAACGCCGCCGUACCUCGGAGGAACAUCAUCAAGAUCCCGUAUCGGCUCGUUCAUCGCAUGCUCCCGAUAGUCCCCGUCGCUCGCCCGCUCCAUCAGCCUACCAGACUGGUCCCAGCCGAAGGACCGGUACCGUGCGCUCUGUCAAGACAAGUAAUCAUCUUCUCUAUAUGCCCAUGGAUGACAAGACUCUCCGUAUGGCGGCGGCCCGUGGCGAUGAGGAGACUGUUACGCGCAUUCUGCAAGUCCGAGAAGCUCCUGUUGGCCCUCGGCAAGGCGAAUCCCGACCCCCGCCGAUUUCGCCCAACGGGGAGCACACUACGCCUAUGCUGGCUGCCAUCGGCCAGGAGAACAUCAAGGUCGUCAAACUCCUACUCGACCAGAGCGACUUUGACCCGACGCGGCGCUUCAGAGGCGAGACCUACUACGAGAUUGCGCGCAGGCGGCGCGGGCCUAACUGGAUGGACGAAGAGCAUAUGCUCAAGGAGGCUUACGAUAACUACAAGAAGCUCCAUCCAGGUAAGCCUGAUCGGGAGCUGAAGCCCAAGACGCCGCCUAGGCGUGAGGAACAACAGCGCGAAGGAAAGAGGAAGGCCGACAAGGGAGACAACGACGACAAGGCUGCCAAGCGCAAGGCCGCUGCCAGUCCUCCGACGACAGAACCCAAGAAAGCUGCUUCCAAAGCCCCGACCAGCCCUAAGGAUAAGCGCAAGCAAGCCACUGUGACAACCAACAAGGAGAGUAAGGAGAGUAAGGAGAGUAAGGAGAGUAAAGAGAGUAAAGAGAGUAAAGAGAGCAAGGAGAGCAAGGACGAGCAGCCUGAGGCGAAACGGGGACCCGGGAGACCGAAGAAGGAUGAACGCAGCAUUCCGACGAUUGCCAUUUCCGACCGCGAACCCUCGCCUGCCGCGAAGCCCACCAGCAAAGUCAAGCGUGCCGAGCCCGAUCAAGCAGCUGCCUCGUCUGAAGGAGAGACAGAAAAGCCGAAGCCGAGACGGAAGCUUGUCUCUGGACGGGAGCUUAAGACCGAGAGGGAGAGGGAGAGGGAGAGGGAGAGGGAGAGGGAAAGGGAACGGGAACGGGAGCGUGAACGUGAACGCCAGCGGCGCCCGAGCCUCACCUCGAAUGCUUCUUCGUCGUUCAAGGAGCCGUCUAGUCCUCGCGAAGAUCCGGAGAAGCAGCCGAAAGCGGAGAAGUAUCACGACCGUACCAAGGCAAUCAAGAGGGAUGAGUCGCGCGAUCGGUUAUCUCCUUCAGGUGACAGCACAGGCGGCAAACGGUAUCGUUCCAGCGAGACACCACCGCAUCCGAGCUCGACCACCGACAAGGAUGGUGAUGCCCCUGUCAAGAGGAGAAAAUUGGAGGUUGAGAGUAAGGACAAGAGGCCCAAGUCGAGCCAAUCCUCUGACGAUAAGCUCCUCAAGCCGCCUACGCCCCGUGAUGGCGGGUCAAGCUCUGCCCCGAGCUCUCGUCCGCCAUCUCGACACCGUGAUGAUGACGAGCGUCGCCCUGCUCCGAAGCCCAAGAAGCCCGACGCCCUGGCUCCUCUCGAACGUCGCGAUACCGGCAAGCCUACCUCUUCUGAAGUCCACGUCAAGUCUGAGGACCAAGACGUGGACAUGACCGAUGCCCCUCCUCUGCUCAGCACUGAAUCUUCCGAGUUCCAUCGUUCUGCUGCCCAGGGAGUGAAGAGCGAGGACAAGAAGAAGAGGGAUGCCGAGGCCGAGCCGCAGGCACAGGCGCUAGAAGCCAAGAAGAAGGAAGAGGAGAGGGAGAGGGAGAGGGAGAAGGAACGCGAGAGGGUACGUAGAGAGGAAGAAGAGCGGGAGCGUGAACGUCGCAAGCGUGAAGAGGAAGCCAAGCGUCGUGAAGAAGAGGAGCGCAAGAGGCGCGAGGAAGAAGAGCAACGGCGCAAGGAAGAAGAGGAGAGGAAACGCAAAGAGGAAGAAGAGCGCGAGAAGAGACGACGUGAAGAGGAGCGGCGGAAGCGCGAAGAAGAAGAGAGAAGGAGACGAGAAGAAGAGGAGAGACGGCGUCGGGAAGAGGAAGAACGCAGGAGACGGGAGGAAGAGGAGGAGCGCCGCCGCAAAGAAGAAGAGGAGGCCGCCGAGCGCAGGCGACGCGAGGAAGAAGAGCGACUCCGACGCGAGCAGGAGGCGGCCGAGGAAGCGCGGCGCAAGCGCGAAGAGGAAGAGAAGCGCGAGCAAGAACGCCGCGAGCGGGCCAUGCGCGAGGAGAUGGAGCGUCGUCGGGCCGCUCGUGAAGCCGACCGUGCGGCUAAGGAGGCCGAACAGCGGCGUAUCCGGCUCGAGCAGGAGCGCGCUCGCCUCGCCAAGCUGCCGCCGCUGCUGCGUUGGCUCGACUGCUCGCUCAAUCCUAAGCUUCCCGAGGUUGCGGCCAAGUUCCGUGUGAUGCAGGGCGUCCGCUACGACUGCAUUAAUCCGGCUGCCAAUGGUACUCCCGAGGGUCGUGAGCAGUGGCUGCUCAACACGCAAGUUGCGCUGCUCCUGGGCGAGAAGGAUCUCGAGCUAUCCCGGUAUACAGCGUGGGCGCGCGUCCCGGCGUCGUCGGUUGCCAAGCGGGCGAUCUGGAGGCUGGAGAGCGAUCGGUAUGCUCUGACCACGCCGAGCAUGUACGAGCUCGGCGAGCAGCUGCCGGAUUAUUAUCCCGACAAUGAUCCGCGCCGGUUGAGCUACCGUGUCAUUGAGCGGCUGCGCGGCGAGGCGUGGGAGAAGUUUGCUGCGAUGGAUAUGUUCUUUGUCAAGGCCUCCGACUUCCUCUACAUCAUCCCGACCGUCCCACACCUCCGCAGCGUCAAGCUCACGAUGACUUACUGCGAGCUCCCCGAGACCGAGGUCCAGGCCGCCAGUUGGGCGCCUCUUGAGAAAUGGAAGCGUGAUCCGCCGCUCCCGGCUGAUCUCUCCGAUGGUCAUAUCCUGUCGUUCGCCCCUGGUAACAAGUACUUUCUCAACGGCGAGCUUGUUGCUGAGGAUAAACCACGUCCGCGCGAAGCCAGUCCCUCGCCGUUUCCCCGGCCUAGGGGACUGAGGAGGCCGUUUGCGAUUAGAGACCACUCGGCCGAAGACGAGGAUGAGAAGGUGGCCUUGAAGGAAGGCAUUAACGGCGACAAGCUCCUGCCAAAUGGCGUGCACUCUCCUCCUGAUGGACCGGCUUCUCCCAUGAUGAAUGGGCAUCACCAUCACGAUAAUGAUGACCAUAGGCCUAUUUCGCCUGCUUUUAGGGAAGGGGAUGUCAACAGGCCGAUGGUUAACGGGGUUGCUAGGAGGGGGAGCGUCCUGGGGUAG